AUGUCCUGUGAGGCGAGGAAAUGUUCUGGAAACUCGACGUGUGACAGAUGUAAUGGAACAUGUGACAACGGCUGCUUGAAAGGCUGGGAGUUACCAGACUGCAUCACUGAAUGUCGACACAAUACCUUUGGACCUAACUGCCUGUUCAACUGUACUGAAAGGCACUGUAAGGGAGACAACUCAGAAUGUGAUGUUGAAGAUGGUAAUUGUCAAGAUGGCUGUAAGCCAGGCUGGAAGAAUACAAAUUGCACUGAGAUUUGUCCGCCUGGAAAAUACGGUUACAACUGUAACAUGUCCUGUGAGGAGAGGGGAUGUGCUGGAAACUCGACGUGUGACAGAUUUAAUGGAACAUGUGACAGUGGCUGCUUGAAAGGCAUGGAGUUACCGAACUGUAUCACUGAAUGUCGACACAAUACCUUUGGACCUAACUGUUUGUUCAGCUGUACUGAUCGACACUGUAAGGGAGACAACUCAAAAUGUGAUGUUGAAGAUGGUAAUUGUCAAGAUGUCUGUAAGCCAGGCUGGAAGAAUGCAAAUUGCACUGAGAGGUGUGAUCUUGGGAAUUAUGGUCAAACAUGCAAUUCCUCGUGCAGUGCCAGACACUGUAAAGCUGAUAAUGAAUCAUGUGAUCACGUGACUGGUUUAUUUAGUGGACUAUGUGAAGCUGGUUGGCAUGGCGGUGACUGCACGCUCAGCAUUGCACAAACUGCUGCACCUAAUGCAAAUCCAGGACCAAUUAUCGGUGGUGUCAUCGGUACCGCUGCGGUUGUCGUUAUCGUUGUCGUGACCGUCAUCGGCUUUGUAUUUCUGAGGAGAAGGAAUCGGGCACAAAACGACACCAAAACUGAUGAACCAAUCAUACCAGAGACUAAAGCAUCGACAAGAGAAAGAAAACGCCAUGCACCUAACGUCUCUACUUACGUUAAUGUUGAGCUAUCCUCAACAAACUUUGCCAAAAGUUUUGAGGUAAGCAAAACAUUUGCCAGUGAUGAAGUACCAUUCAUAACCGCUGGUGAAGUAGCGCUAGUGGUUGAUCAAGGACAGUCAGAAGUCCAACUGUCUGACGAAGACGAUGAGGACAUCCAAGAUCCUAACACGUACUACAAUAAUGUCCAACCAGCAGUUCCUUCCUUCAGUCUGCCAGAAGAAGGUUUUUACGUGACAGAACUUGAAGGUGUCAUCGAAAGCAUCAGGAAUCAGCCUGGAGGAUUUCAAGCAGAAUAUGUUAAACUUCCAAGUGGGUUUUGUCAUUCGUACAAUGAUUCCCAGAUACCAGAAAACAGGUGCAAGAACAGAUAUGCUGGUUACUACCCAUAUGACAACAAUCGUGUCAAACUAUCAGCGCUGCCAAACACCCCGCACUUUGACUACAUCAACGCUAGUUACGUCGAUGCAUAUGAGAAGCCGAAUUAUUUCAUCGCAGCUCAAGCUCCAAAUACAGGUACUUUGCUAGAUUUCUGCAGGAUGAUUUGGGAGCAGGACUGUGGACAAAUCGUCAUGUUGACAAACCUAGUGGAGAAUGGAAAGCAUAAGAGUGUGCCCUACUGGAGGGAUUCGGGGUCGAUGAAUGUUGGAUAUUUUGUCGUGGUGGUCACGGAAGUCAUUGAACGAGCAGACUACGUCGUCAGAAAGAUACAGAUCACUCAUACGAAGUCUAAGAAGUGCAAGACGUUUGACCAUUACCACUUCACAUCAUGGCCUGAUCACGGAGUACCUAAAGUGUUGGAUUUACUGGAAUUCUUCUGGUUGACAAGAGAUACUCCUCCGUCCCGUCCUGGUCCUGUCCUGGUGCACUGCAGUGCUGGAAUUGGAAGAACUGGAACAUACAUUGCUCUACAUAUCCUGACAGACGAGAUAAACAAAACUGGAAGAAUGAACAUACUGGAAGUGAUGACCACGAUUAGAGAUCAAAGAAAAAACAUGGUCCAGACAAAGAAUCAGUAUGAAUGCAUUUUCACAACAAUGCUUGAGGUUGUAGAGUAUGGACAGACGAGUAUGAUCACAUCUGCAUACACACUAAAAUAUGCUGAACUAAACGGAUCUUUGAACAUGGGUAAAAAAACACUCGAUGAGCUAGCCGAGGUCAUUGCAUCUACUGAUACAUCUGAUAAAGGUCUCCCGCUGAAGAACCAACUUUGGGUUGAUGGAAAGAACGAUCUGUUCGUUGUUCAAGCUUCAUCGAAGCUGAUGAAUAAAGGCUAUCUAUUGGUUUACACUCCACAAAGAACAGCGAAUCUGCUGUGGAAACUGAUCAUGGAGAAUGAUUCACUGACUCUUGUCACUCUGGGUAAUAAGAAUGAUACAGAUUUCAUCCCAAGUCCAAGCCAGUCCAGUGUGUAUGGAAAGAUGACUGUGACGUCGGUGACUGAAACUUAUGUCUCGAGAGAAAUAUCGUUAAGAAUUCUUAAUGUUGAAAUGAAGGUGAGAUAUGUUAGAAUAAAAAUUUAACAAGAUGUUACCAGU